AUGUCCAUGAGAAAAUCCGAGCAGAGCGAAGCGCUCACAAUACGGCAGAAUAUUAUCACAUUUUGCGAGAAUGAAAAGGCGGCAGGAAGAUAUUCAUUUUGUGUUGACCAGGUUAUAAGUCGUGUGGCAGCAAUGACAGGGAAAUCCGAGAGAACAAUUCGGCGAAUUAAACUGACGCUUUGUAAUAAGGAAAAUGAGCCACCUCAGGCCGAAGCACAAUCUUCAUCGAUGGAUAUUGUUAAAACUAGCUUCGUUAAAAGGUCACCUCAGAUUUUGUUAGAUGAUACAGACAGAUGUGUACUUCGCAAUAAAAUUCACUCUUUAUAUACAGUUGAUAAGACAGUCCCAACUCUUAAUGUGUUACAUGCCUUCAUGGUAAAUGAAACCCAAUUCAAAGGUUCGAAAGAGACGUUACGGAAAAUUUUAAUUGAUAUGGGAUUUAAAUAUAAAAAGACCAAUGAUGAACUUGGUGAAAAUAAGAUACCUGUUGUAUAUUUGGAUGAAAGCUACGUACAUAAAAAUUAUACUGUUUCGAAAUGUUGGCAAGGUCCUGACGAACAUGGAGUUUUGAAAAAAGAUGGAGCUGGUCAACGAUGGAUAAUUGCUCAUUGUGGAGGCAGUAUGGGUUUUAUUAAGAACGGUUUCCUUUUAUUUAAAUCAAAAACAAAAAGUGGUGAUUAUCAUGACGAAAUGAAUUUUGAGAACUUUUCAAAAUGGUUCAAAACACAAGUGCUACCAAAUUUACCGGAUAAUUCAAUAAUCGUUAUGGACAAUGCGCCUUACCAUUCAGUACAAAUACAUAGGCCUCCUACUUCUUCAUCAAAGAAAAAUGAUAUAAUCUGUUGGCUACAAUCGAUGAACAUACCAUACCAUCCACAAAUGUUAAAAUGCGAGCUACUAGAAAUCGUUAGGAGGUACAAACCAUCACCACAGUAUGUAAUUGAUGAGUAUGCAAAAUCGAAGGGUCAUACUGUAUUACGCCUUCCUCCGUAUCACUGUGACCUGAAUCCAAUAGAGCUAAUUUGGAGUAUGGUGAAGAGAAAAAUAGCCUCUGGUAAUAUUGGAUUAAUAAAUAUGGAAAAUCUAAUUCACGAGGCAGUAAAUCAAAUAACUCCCCUAACCACGUUGAGAAAAUUAGAAAUGAAUAUAUGA